UCCUCUUGCAAAUGCAGUGAGAAGGUGUCGCAAAGCAGUCUAAAAUAAGGAGCAGGCAUGAUUUACAUUGGUGACAGACUCCGGGGGCUGGGCAGAGAAGGAAGCAGAAGGGGCCAAGAGUAAAAGCAGGAUCAGUUGUGAGGCCACUGCCCGAGGACGGAUGUGGCCAGCAGCAAGAAGAAGGCAGGGUUGGAGAGGGAGAGCCCUGGAUGGAUUGCAGAGGGACGGAGGUAGGACUGACAUGAUUUAUGGCGGGGCUUGGAUGAGUGACGCAAGCGAGCAGAAGUCAAGCAGGACUCCCAGGUGGGAUAGUAACACCUCUGGGAGAAAGAAAAUUGGCUCCCUCUCUUGAAAGUGGCGAGUGUACUGCAGGCGGCUGCAUGGGGGGAACAGUAAUCAGAUGGCUACCUUCUACGUUUUGUGCUAGGAAACAAAAUCAGUUAUAGGAAUCCAUGUUGAUCUUGGAAGUAGAAGGAUUUAAAAAAGUGAAGUUUGCCCAAAAAACACGUACUUUGCCAUCUCCCUUUUGAUCUGAAGACUGGGGGACAAUGGAUAUUAUAGAGACAGCAAAACUUGAAGAACAUAUGGAAAAUCAAACCAAUGAUCCUGCAAGUACUUACACAAGACCUGCCGAGCCUGUCGAAGAAGAAAACAAAAAUGGCAACAGUAAACCGAAGAGCUUAUCCAAUGGGUUGCGGAAGGGCACCAAAAAGUACCCGGACUAUAUCCAGAUUGCUAUGCCCACUGAAUCCAGGAACAAAUUUCCCCUGGAGUGGUGGAAAACAGGCAUUGCCUUCGUGUACGCGCUUUUCAACCUCGUCCUAACCACCGUCAUGAUCACAGUUGUACACGAAAGGGUGCCUCCCAAGGAGCUCAGCCCCCCACUACCAGACAAGUUUUUUGAUUACAUUGAUCGGGUAAAAUGGGCAUUUUCUGUAUCAGAAAUAAAUGGGAUUAUAUUGGUUGGAUUAUGGAUCACCCAGUGGCUGUUUCUAAGAUACAAGUCAAUAGUGGGACGCAGAUUCUUUUUUAUCAUUGGAACUUUAUACCUGUACCGCUGUAUUACAAUGUACGUCACCACUCUGCCUGUGCCUGGGAUGCAUUUCCAGUGCGCCCCGAAGCUCAACGGAGACUCUCAGGCAAAAAUACAACGGAUUCUGCGAUUGAUUUCCGGUGGUGGAUUGUCCAUAACUGGAUCCCAUAUCUUGUGUGGAGACUUCCUCUUCAGCGGUCACACCGUUGUGCUGACACUUACUUAUUUGUUCAUCAAAGAAUAUUCACCUCGUCACUUCUGGUGGUAUCAUUUAAUCUGCUGGCUACUGAGUGCCGCCGGGAUCAUCUGCAUUCUUGUAGCGCACGAACACUAUACCGUCGAUGUGAUCAUUGCUUAUUAUAUUACAACACGGCUGUUUUGGUGGUACCAUUCAAUGGCCAAUGAAAAGAACUUGAAGGUCUCUUCACAGACGAAUUUCUUGUCUCGAGCAUGGUGGUUCCCCAUCUUUUAUUUUUUCGAGAAAAACGUACAAGGCUCAAUUCCUUGCUGCUUCUCCUGGCCACUCUCCUGGCCCCCUGGCUGCUUUAAAUCUUCAUGCAAAAAGUAUUCACGGGUUCAGAAGAUCGGUGAAGAUAAUGAGAAAUCUACCUGAGGAGCAAAACAAAGGCAUCAGCUCUUAUACCAAAAGAGUUAACGCUGUAACCAAAGGUAUAGUUUUGGGUUUUUAUUUUAGAAGACCUGACUGGUAAAUGAAGAAGUGGACCAAAUUUCGUGUAAAUGAUUAGAAAGAUGAAUGAAGUAUUACCCUUUGACUGUUUUUUUAUUCAUCCUGAGAAAGGUAUAUUCUCCUGCAGCUCUUCAUUCAUUGGUGACAAGCCCCCAAACUGGGAUUUUACUAAUGAGCUUGUUAAAGAGGUGCCAAAGAACCCACUAUUCCUUCUCCUUAUUCUUUAUCCACUAAAGCCCUCUACAGAAUUUCUUCAGGAUUUUUUUUCCCUCCAACAUCAGAAGAAUUUGUUAAUGUUUUAAAUAAAAUAUCUGGAUAUAUACAGCUACUGUGUAAAUAGAAUAACCUAAUGUUGAGAGUGGUUUUAGCAUUAGGCUUAUUAAUGAGGGGAAGAUCUAUUGGUUGUAAGUAAACCUGAGGUGAACUUUGUUUCCACCUUGUCACGGGGAAGGUCAGGGUCAGGUCUGGGAAUGUGCACCUGUUGCUACCACCCACUGCACUAUGUAUCACUUCUACUUUUUUUUUUAAACUGAUAAUUUUCUUAAAAAAAAAAAAAAAAAGGAAAGGUGAUCCAAUAUGGAAGUAUUUGACACAUCUCACAGAUUUUAUGCGUGUGUAAAUAUUUCACUUUAAAAUCUCUAGGACAGAUACAGAGGAAACAUGGAGCUAUUUCUGUUAAACAGGUGGUCCUUGUGUAUACAUUCAUCUGCUCUCUGCCUGGUAAAUUUGCAUCUGUGCCCCGCCCCCGCCCCCUAGGGCAGGUAGCUGCUCCAGCACAGGCUGAAAACACGCAUGUAUGUGAAUGGAUGCUCAUGCCACUUGGGGGACAAGCCUGCGUUUCUCUCCCGUCCUACCCUGUGUGAGAUCUGUUUUAGAGCGGCUAAAUUGGCUAAUCGGAACUCAGAAAUGCAGUUGGUCAUGUUUCACUGGAAACUCUUUCUUCCUAGUUACAUUGUACUUUAUGGAAAAACCAAGAUGGAGUCUAAAAGUGUAAUGUAUCCUUGCCUUUUAGCAAGAGACUCAGCUUCUUAUAAAUGGGUCCUAAGGACAUAUGCCACAACUGAGUAAUUUUACUUUGAUCGUGAAAUUACACCACGGUGCUGCAUUAUCCUCUCCUGUUGGAAUCAGUCUGUUAGACAGUGACAGCGACCCAGUAAAGGGGGAGCAUCGUUUCUAAAGUUCUUUGAGGUGAUGCAAAAAGAAGAUGGAUUUUUAAAAAUCAGAUCAGAUUAAUGCUGUCAGAGUUGGUUAAUUUCUUGAGCCUUCUAGUAACUCUAAAAUGAGAUCUAUGGUUACAGAAUCAUCAACCCUAGGUCAGAAGACAGGCCCAUGAGGUAGAAGGGGGCAGUUACAUUUAUAUUGAAGGCAAAAAAGGUGAAAAUUUCCCUCCACUUAAGAAUGAAAAAUACCCCUGAAUUUGUCAUUAUAAACUAGUUUGCUUUGAUUUGGUACACAAAAUUGACCUUCAGAUUGCUUGAGAGAAGCACAAUACAAAUCUUUUCAGAAGGGUCAUUAUUUUUGGUGCUAAAAUUCUGUGUCUGUAUUCAGAAUGGCUCUUUCUCUGAGUAACAGAAGAAUCACUAAAGGAAAGGUAGUUGAAUUCAAAGGCAAGAAAAAAGACAUUCUUCAUCCAGUUAUUUAAAAUGAGAAUGGAAAUCCUGAAUAUCCUUGGCAGACUUUGAAACGCAAGUAGUUUUCUGGUAUUUGUUAUUAAAUAAACCAAUAAGAAAUAGAUCUAUAGUUUACCAGAUGUGCUUAAGCCAGAAUUUUGUCUUUCUUUUGCUAAAUAUUGACACUUGUGAUAUUUAAGGUGUUGUGCUUGAAAACACUGAGUUUCAAUUCCUGCUGUCCGAUUAUGAGGAAAAGCAUCUGACACGGAAGCCUGGGUUUUGUGCUCCUGACGUUGGCAUAUUCCUUGAGCAUCUAAUUCAUAACCUGAUAGACCUGAGAGCCUUAUUCAGCAGUGUCUUGGAUAACCUAAUUUUCUUCAACUUAAAUAAGGAAAAGUAUUUAAGAUUUAAAAAUCAUGGUGUGUUGAUUGUUGGAGACCCUUGAAACAGUAAACCUUGCAUUUUAGUCAAGUGAUGCAGUUUUUUAAAAAAUACCAUCACCUUUUAAAGAACUUUAAAAACCUCUCUGACCUCACGUGUGGAGACACUAUUAUUGCUCACGUGUUCCUUACAUGUAUGUGUCACAGGUAUCUAAUAGACACAGAGGAAACGUGAUUUGAAAAGGAGGGAAAACACCAAAGUUUCAAGAUAGGAAAAUAAAAGAAAUAGAGAAACUCAUUUACAUUUACCAAAGCAAACUUGAGGCUUAACCUAACAUGCCCCUUUGGGAUAGAAAACUUAAAACAAUUAUGAUCUUGCCUUUGAAAUAGUGAAUUUUAGGAGCUCCUUUUCCUUGCUAAUUAUGAUACGAGAUCUUAUCCAUUAUCUUUUUUUUUUGUAAACCAGUGCUCCUGUUCGAAGCUUUUCUUGGAAUUGAGUCCUGUGCAAUAUCUAUAACAGGAUUCCCAUAAAUUAGGCAUAUUUUUUCUAAAUUCUUUCAAAUGGAAAUGGGUUCCUCUCAGAUUCUAUUUUUUGAGCUCCUCCACAGCUCUGAAAAUAAAGCAUUGCUCCUGAUUCCACCCAGAGUGAUUUUAAAUUUGUUAUUUAAUUUACUGGCAUCUUGGGAAAUAAGUUGUGCUGAGGAAGGAAGGCUGUUUUGAGCGAGCCCGGGCCCCGGUCUAGGGUAAUGAGGACCUUGCCUAAGGUUCUUUGCUGUAUAGCAGUGCCCCCUAGUGGAAUUAUGUUAUAUGACUUGGAACGCAAACUUGCCACUUUUUAAAGUAUAUUUUCAAGUUUUUAAAAGGCAUUGGUUUGGUUGUUGUUUUUUUGUUUUGUUUUUGCCAAUAAUCUGAAAGCAUCAUGCAAAAGGGAUUAUUUUAAAGGUCUUUUAAACCUUUCCCAAAGGGAAAAUGUGCUUAGAUCCCAGGAAGUUACAAUUCUAAUCCUUUAUCCAUUCGAUCAAAGAAAAUUUGCAGACCAUUUUACCUCUCAUUAUCACAAUCAUUAAUGUCUCCCUUUAUAACUACCUAUACUUUGUUUACUUUGAAACACAGGUUGGCAGUCUUUCUUAUUUUGUAUUUGUAUUUUUUUUACAUGCUAAAGCUCAUGCAGCUUUUUAAAUUAAAAGUUCACAUCUUGUUUCUUCAAUAUUUAAGCAUUUCCUUUUUAUUUGUCGUUUUUGUUUUGCACUGUAAAACUUCUUAAAAAUUUAAGCCGGUCUUAACAUACUCACUUCUGUACUGCAAGGAAGUGUGAGAAGGAAUUUCUUGAUAAUGAGUUUACAAGUUUUAAAUCGAGCAUAUUUUAAGUAAUAUGCCAUGUGUUGAAGGCUUUCCUAUUUGUAUAAAGGUUUCUGGUAUUUUUUUUUUUAAUGUCAUUGUGUUGCAAUAAUUUAACUCCUUUGACUUACUUGCUAAAAAUAUUCUAUUAAGAAGUGCUCUUGACUUCAAUACCUAAACACUGAAAAUCAUGUCAAAGGUACCCAAAGAUAAGUUUUUAUACAGAUACACACCUUAUAAGUUCUGAUUUAUUACUCAUUAAUCUAACUAUGCUGUGUUCUAAAUGAAUCAUGAAUGAGAAUAGUUCUUUAUUAUGGAAUUAUUUAAAACUGUCCUUUAAAAGAAAAAAAAACUGUAAACAUAAGCUAAUCUAGUUGCCAAGAUUGGAAUUCAUUAUUUAAUUUACCUCCUAUGCAAUGAUUAAUGCUGCAAAAUGUACGGUUAUGUUACAGUAUAUUCAUAAAAGAAAUAUUACAAGGUGUGAGAGGUAGCCUGUUGCAGUCUUUCGGAAAUUUACUGUACUGUUUCAAUGUGUUAAGUGCCUUGUUGUAAAGUAAAAUUUUAAGUCUAGAAUUCAUUAUUUUCCUGACAUAUUUUUCAUUAUAAUAUAUACUGUAUGCUAUUGUAAUAGUUUUAUUAAAUGCUUAUAUUUUAAUCAAACAUGUAAAUUUCAGAAGCUCUUUUCUCCUUUCCCUAAUACCUUAGUUGUUGGUCUCUCAUAGAGAGGGAUUUGUGUUCAGGUUUGUUGUUGUUGUUUUUUAAAGAGGAAAUUAUCUUUGUUUAGAAAUGUUUUCAGUGCUUGUGCUUUUGUGUUCGUAAAAACAUUUCAGGAGGUAUUUAGGAGUGGAACUGUAGUUUAUACUUCUAAAAAUGCCAUUUUACAUUUACAUUUUAAGUGCCUAAUUGUUAAAAACUAAUUUAUGUUUCUACUCUAAAGAGGAUAUGUGUACUUGGUUUCUAAUCUCCUUGGCUUUGCUUUAAAAAAAAAUAUAUAGCAAAAAAAAAAAAAAGCAAAGAGCCUAUACUUUGUAUUUACCAAUAAACCACAGUGACAUCAACAGUCUUUU